AUGGAACAAUAUGUAAAAUCACUCCAAGAGCGUAUCAUAAAAGAAAUCGAAUUAAUUGAUGGCAAAAAAUUUUAUAUUGAUCGUUGGGAACGCGAACAAGGUGGUUAUGGUAUUUCUUGUAUUUUACAAAAUGGCAAUGUCUUUGAAAAAGCAGGUGUAAAUAUUUCAGUGGUCUCUGGAGAUUUACCCAUACCAGCAGUACAAGAAAUGAAAUCUCGACAUAAAGAAAUUGAUCCUUCAAAAGGACCAUUUCCAUUUUUCGCUGCAGGCAUUUCAAUUGUUAUGCACCCACAUAAUCCACAUGCUCCAACUGUACAUAUGAAUUAUCGGUAUUUUGAGAUUGAAAAAGAAGAUGGAUCACCAUUAUCGUGGUGGUUUGGUGGUGGUUCAGAUCUUACACCUUCUUAUCUUUAUGAAGAAGACGCUGUCCACUUUCACAAAACUUUAAAAGAUGCAUGUGACAAACAUGAUCCAAAUUAUUAUCCUGAUUUUAAGAAAUGGUGCGAUGAAUAUUUUUAUCUAAAACAUCGUAAAGAGGCGCGUGGGGUAGGAGGUAUAUUUUUCGAUGAUUUAGAUAAUAAACCAGCAGAAGAAAUAUUUGCAUUUGUUAAACAAUGUGGAGAUUCAUUUUUAUUAUCAUAUAUUCCAUUGGUGAAACGGAGGAUAAAUACAAAGUUUACGCCAGAAGAAAAAGAAUGGCAACAAAUACGUAGAGGUAGAUACGUUGAAUUCAACCUUGUAUGGGAUCGUGGAACUAAAUUUGGUCUCAAUACACCUGGUGCAAGGAUCGAAAGUAUAUUUAUGUCUCUCCCAUUAACUGAACGAUGGGAAUAUAUGCAUAUACCCGAUAAAAAUUCUCGCGAAGAUAAAUUAGUGCAAGUUCUAAAACAACCAAAUAAUUGGGUAUAA